CCAGCAGCAACGGUCGGUCGCUUAGACAAAAACUUUUCAAUCACUGGUCUUUUACAAAUUAACCGCGUGUGAAAAAAAUUAUUACAAGUUACUAAUUACUAUAUAUGAGUCAUUAACACCACCGUCAGAAAAAAAAACAUUCACAAAGAAAAAAAUGAAACGUUCAAGGAAGUUCUCAUCGUCGGCAACAACCACCGUUAUCCACACUUUCUAUAAUGACCAUACUGCCCCUCCAGCAACCAGAGAGAUCCCGAUCGAAACCCCACCUCCUCCUGCGAAAUCCACCGUCGUGACCACCGCCUCCGCCGACACAGCCGCAGCACGAAUCCAGUCUGGCUACCGCUCUCACAAGAUCCGAGGCCUCUAUAGAACGAUCUCAUCCGUCCAUCGAGAAGCCAACCGCGCACAGAGCGUGAUCCAGCGUCAGGAGACGGUGGACGCCAUCAGAAGCGACGAGAAGGAACGGCUGAGGAUGAACGAGACUCUGAUGUCUCUGCUUCUGAGACUCGACUCUGUUCCUGGUUUGGAUCCGACGAUCAGAGAAGCUCGGAGGAAGGUGAGCCGUCAGAUCGUGGGGAUGCAGGAGGUACUCGACGCGAUAUCGGAGGCUAAAGACGAGAGUCAGUGGUUGUGGUCUAACUACGAUGACGACGUACAAGGCGGCGGCGCGUGGCCUAUGUACUGGGAAGAAGCGGUGGAGGAAGAGAUGUGUAGAGAGAGAGGCGGCGAUGAGAUGGAGAGAUUCUGUGCUCAGUAUUUGGGUUUCAGAUGUUUCCAGAGAUUUCUCAGAGAAUGACGGCGGUAAAUUAUCCGGCGUACGGUAGAUUUUAUGUCUUUUUCCGACAACUUCGUACGACAUAUUUAUCUCUUUUUCUUUGUUUUUUUUUCCUACUUUAAAGUAGUCUAUGUUCUGUUAAAUUUACUAACGUCGUUUUGUGAGUAUGUAAACAGACUACGUGUCGUCAUGCCCGUAUGAAAACGUCACGUAGUGUUUUGUAUACCAAGGGACUGAUGAACCUUGACAAUGAAUAAAAUACGGUCCUGAUUAACAAUC